AUGAUGGUAUUUCUGGUGAAUUGCAAAAGUUUCUAUUCUGAUAAUGAUGAUGAUAGUUUUGAACGACGCGACAACGUUGUGCAAUCGUUAUUACGAAGACGAUUACAAAAGCGCGGAGAGUGUGGUGGUGAUGAUGAUGACCUUCUCAAAGUUGGAAAACCCUGUCAUCAUCAUUUUGAGUGUUGCAGCGCUUACUGUGCUCGUACUUGUAAACCUUGUGGUAAUGUCGCUCAUUGUUUAGAUUGCAAUCGUAAAGAUAUCAGUGGUCCCACUUGCUCUCUUUCACCUAGCGACGAGUGA